AUGAGCCGCGACCCCCCCAACCCGUCCUCCCCACCCCGGGGGGGGAGCCCGGUCCGGCAACCCCUCGUCCCCUUGGACAUGCUGCGUUGCCCAUCCUGCCUCCUCCUCCUUUGGGAGCCGGUGACCGUGUCCUGCGGUCACUCUUUCUGCAAGCCGUGUCUCGGGGGGGCCGUGCCCUCCCGCUGCCCCCUGUGCCAGGAGAGGCUGAAACUGCUGGGCGUCGGGGCGGCGAGGUGCAACGUGGUGCUCUGCGGCCUCCUGGAGAAAUGCGUGGAGCGGGAAAGCCGGCUGGCCUGGCUGGCGACACGCGUCCGGCACCGCCUCAGCCGUGGGGACGCGCGGGAAGCGCUGAGGAUGGCCCAAAAAGGGCUCGAGUUGGCCCCAGAUUCCAGCUCCCUGCGGCUGUGCCGGGCAGAGGCAUUUGCGGCGCUGGGGCAGCACGCGCAGGCACUGGAGGACCUGGAUGCUGUGUGCACGGCUGAGCCUGGACAGCACGAGGUGAGCGGAGGCCCCAUCGACUGGCUGUGCUUCGAGCCAAAUCUUACUGAUCAGGAGGGAGAGCCGGUGGAUGGCAGAGGGGACGCUGGGUCUGAGCACGGCCAGGGGACAGCCACCCUUUCCGAGCCGGGGCGACGGCGAGAACCACAGACUUCAGCAGAGAGACAGGGCCAGUGGUUGGUAGAUAACGAAGAGGAAACAGCAGCAGCAAAGUGUACCCAGCUGUGCCUCGGGGAGCUGCUGAGCAUAUCUGACUUGGAGUGUUCCCUCUGCAUACGGAUGUUCUUCGAGCCGGUGACGACGCCGUGCGGGCAUACCUUCUGCAAAGAGUGCCUCGAACGCUGCCUGGACCAUCGGCCCAACUGCCCUCUCUGCAAACAGAGCCUGAGAGAGUACCUGAAGGCUGGAAGCUACAGCCCCACCGUGCUGCUGCAGGACAUCAUGCUGGCCACCUUCCCCGCACAGCUGGCCGAGCGCCGGGAGCUGCACCGGGCUGAGAUGGCAGAGCUCUCCAACCUGACCAAGAACAUCCCCAUCUUCGUAUGCACGAUGUCCUUCCCAGGCAUCGCCUGCCCGCUGCACGUCUUCGAGCCUCGCUACCGCCUCAUGAUCCGGCGGUGCCAGGAGACCGGCACGAGGAGGUUUGGCAUGUGUAUAUAUGAGAAUGGGAAAAGUUUUGCUGACUACGGCUGCAUGCUGGAGAUCCGGCAGAUCGAGCUGCUGCCGGACGGGAGGUCCUUGGUGGACACAAUCGGCAGGCGGCGGUUCCGGGUGCUGAGCCGUGGACACAGGGACGGCUACAACACCGCCGACAUCGAGUACCUGGAGGACAAGAAGGUGGCCGGGGAGGAGCUGCAGGAGCUGCAGUGCCUGCACGAAAGCACCUACCGCUUGGCUCAGCGGUUCUGCGAGCACGGAGACCUUGCCUCCAGGCACAUUUUCAUGCAGCAUGGACCGCUGCCGGAGAAGGAAGAGGACAUCCAGGCUUCGGCAGACGGCCCGACGUGGUGCUGGUGGCUCAUCUCCAUCCUGCCCCUUGACCCGUCCUACCAGCUGAACCUCUUCUCCACCACCUCGCUGCGUGCCCGCCUCACGCAGCUGCAGCGCAUCCUCGCCGCCCUGCUGCAGCAGCCCCCCGCCAGGCACCCCCUGCCCGAACGCAGCCCCCGGGGCCGCGUCUGA